AAAAAUGACUUGUAUUUCUUGCAACCUCUAAAAACUGCGUAUAAAACAAAGAAAAACAUUCACCAACUCCACAAAAAGAAACCAGGAUGAAAUUCACACUUUUCUUCUGCAUUUUCCUGUGCCCUUGCAUCACUAUCUGCUUGGCAGACAGCGAUAAUCUUCAGGAUACUUGCCCAACAGCUACUAUAGGCAUGCAAACUGUCUUCAUCAAUGGCUUCCCUUGCAAGAACCCAAACAGCAUCGUUGCUUCAGAUUUCAAGUCAUCAAAACUGAGUCAUCCUGGUGACACAGGCACAUUCUUCCGUUCAUCACUUACCCUUGAAAUGGCUGCGGAUUUCCCAGGUCUCAACACUCUCGGCCUCUCAAUAGCCAGGACUGACCUUGAAGUUGAUGGUUUGACCAUACCUCAUUCCCAUCCAAGAGCAUCCGAGAUAUUCUUCGUUAACACAGGUGUGGUGUUUGCUGGCUUUUUCGACACUCAAAGCAAACUAUUCUCAAAAACUCUCAAGCCAGGAGAAGUUUUUGUGGUUCCUCAAGGUCUGCUCCACUUUUUCAUCAAUAAUGGCGAUGAGGCUGCAGUUAUUUUCUCUGUACUUAAUAGCCAGAACCCAGGGGUGGUAAAGAUUGCCGGUGCAGCAUUUGAGCUUGAUGAUGAGGAAAUGGUAGAUAAACUAGUAAGGAAAAUAAAAUCUGCUGCUGCCUUGGAGGUCAAAGCAUCUGGCAUUCAGAAUGUGACUUCGACUGACUUUUAACAUAUUCACAGUCAGUAAUCAGAACAUUGUAAGUCAUUACAUGACAUGUGAGCUAAGUAUAUACCUAUUUCUGUGUGUUUUCUAUAGUUAAAAGCACACUAUUUGCUCAAGAA